CGAAGCGUUGAGUUGAGACGUCUCUCUGUCUGCGGCUAGAAACGCGCGUGAAACGCGAGAAAAACCGAGCGAAGCGGAGCUCUGACUCUAUUUUUUUUUCUCCCCCCACAACAAUACAGAGAGAUGACCGCCCCGUCAAUGUGCAUUUAAAUCCAGCCAUUAACGUAAAAUAACAUUUUUACGAAUCAAGUAUAGUAACCCGCAUUUUCUUUCCGUGUGCACCGAGCUAAGCCGAGUCGCACAUUCCGGCCCGAAGAUGGCGCUGCGCCUGCGCCGUGACGUGCAGAAGGCCUCGUACUAUGUGUGGUUCCUGGGCGCCGAGGAGGCCAAGGGUCUGAGGGGAGCCCGGGUGAUUAACUCGGUGCUCCCAUAUCUGGUGGACCGGUCACGCGGACAGGAGCCACUGAAGGUGACCCUCCAGGUGUCCCACAAGGGCAUCAAGAUCGUCCAGGGGACGUCGAAGCAUUUGAUUCCACACAGUGCCAUAACCAGCUCCGUGCAGACGGACGACAUCGUAGCCUGCGUCCUGCUGCUCUAUAAUCCGGCCACCAAGUGUCCACUUCACGUUCAUGCCUACCGCUGCGAUUCCGAGUCCACGGCGGAGGCACUGCAUCUUCAGCUGCAGAUACUCAUCAAUCGUCCGGACAACCAGAAGCGAUUCGAGGAGCUGGAGACCAGACUGGGCAUCCUGCCGCCGAUUCCCAUGAACAGCAGCAACAACAAUCACAGCAGCGAAAAGCGUCACGAAACCAAUGGAAAGUCGUCAUCCUUGGGAGGAAGAGGCGAGGGAGGAGGCCCCUCCUCUCAUCACCACCAAUUGCAGUCACAACAGUCCGGCGGAGGGGGUGGUGGUGGUGGCUACCAAGGACGCCGCCACGACACCUUCCCCAAGCGCUUCAGCAACAGCCUGGGCAGCGACACGGGCAACAGCACCCGCGAGUCCGAGUGCAGUGAGGAGCAUGGCCUGGCUGGUGGAUCCUCACCAGUCUCCCGAUCCCCGCCGCAUGGUGGAGUCGGCGGCAAAGCACAUCCCCACCCACAUCCGCCGCUGCAUCAUCCCCCCUUGACGCCGCAGCAGAACAGCGACCUGUUUGACUCCCUGGCCGCUGAGCUGAGGGCCAAACUUAAUGGAAACGGUCCACCGUUGCUCCUGCCACCACGUGACUAUGACACGGUGCACCGUUCCAAGGGAAACCUGACGGCCAUUGAGCUGCGUCGCUGCCGGAAUGCUUUGAUAGUCGGCGGUGUGCCCAAGGGUCAGUUGGCGCCGGGUUCCGGUUUGCCAGGAGGAGCUGCCAAUCCAGCAGCAGUAGGAGGAGCAGCCGGCGGCGUUGUCACGAAUGCCAAUAAUGGCAAACAGGUCUCGUCCAGAGGUUCAUCCGGCAUUGGUUCGGAUCUGGCACCAAGUCCCGAGAGACAAGAGCUCAACAGCUCCAGCGAUGACGAACACUGGAGCAAUGAGGCAGACAACUCGGUGAUUGCCUUGAAACCCUCACAAAUUGCCAUGCCCCAUCAUGCCCAUGCCCAGCUGAAGCGAAAGAGCGCCGUCCAGCCGCCGGAGGACAGUUACCUAAGGGAUCUGCCCGCCAAGCCGUAUCAGCCACGUCAAAGUGACCGGGAAAUUGAGCGGGAAAGGGAGCGGGACAGAGACAGGGAGCGAGAGCGUGAAAGAGAACGCGAUCGGGAGAGGGAACGUGAGCGGGAGCGGGAGCGAGAACGUGACCGGGAGCGCACCAAAACCCCGGCUUCCAUUUCAAACAAAUCGUGGAGCCGCGAGGAUGAGAUCAAACCCAUUAUAAUGCGUCCGGCUGACUAUGAUGCCAAGUUCAACCGAGUUUUGCAGCAGGAACAGCAACAGCAUUCCGGCAACCAUCAUCAGCAGCAGCAGCAGCAACCCGCCAAGCUGCGGGACACGGACAAGUACAACGAGAUCAACCGGCUGCUGAACAAGAAGCUCUCCCACGAGCGCGACCGCAAGACACACGAUGACUUUGAGGACUCGGAUCCGGGUAGAGAGUCACCACCGCUGCUGCACCAUCCCAUUCACCACCAGCCACAGCAGCCGGCUCCGGUCCUCAUGAUGCAUCAUCAUCGCAAGGAGAACCUCACCGACAAACAAAAGUUCAUGGAGUACACCACCAAGAAGCAGCAGCUCCUCAAGAGCUCCUACGGUGGCGGCGGCAACGAAGAGGCCCAGCGCUAUCGUCAGCGCUAUGUAGAACCCCAAGAUCAUUUGCCGUUUGAGUCCUCCGCGGGUGUGCCCGUCUCUGGCUCCUCAUCGGCAGCGGCAGCGGGUCACAACAAAUAUGCGGCAGUGCACAGAGGUGCAGACCUGGGCCAGAGGACCACUGAGCGGCGGCACGACAGGAUGCCAGAGCGAGAACGAGAACGGGAACGGGAUCGCGACCGCGACCGAGAACGUGACCUCGUGGACAGGGAUAGACGGCGGGACCACGAACGAGACCGCGAAAGGGAUCAUUCGCGUGACCGCAAUCCAUACAGGGAGGCAGAGAGCCUGCCCUACAUCCAGAGCAUGGAGAAGAUGAUGAAGUCCACGGGCAUGCGCUACGGCGAGAGCAGCACAGCCAAGUCCAGAGAUCGAGGCGAGAACGAACGUGAAAGGCUCAGGGAACGCGAGCGGGAACGAGAGCGAGAUCGUGACCGGGACCGUGAUCGUGAGUUUGUGCCCCCGCCCUCGCAGAGCGCCCAGCGGGAUCGAUUCCACGAUGCCAAGGACAAGUUCCGGGCUAUGGAGCAGCGGCCGGCAGUGAGCCGCUACAAUGUGGACGUAGACGAACGUGAUACGCCACAACGUGAUCCCUAUCGAUCCUCCUCCCGGCGACGACGCGGCUCCAUGGAGCCACCCAGCACCUACGAGCAAUGGAGCGAGGAGGACGAGGAUCUGUCGGUGCCAGUGGUGCCAGUAGCAGUUUCCGAAAAGUCCAAGCAGCGAGAGUCCAACCGUUCCCGUCCCCGAUCCCGGGGUGAUGCCUGGGAACCCGAACCGCUGCUACACCUGGAGAGGAAUCAGCGGGACAGAGAGAGGGAAAGGAAUCGGGAUCGUGACUACAAUCGGGAGCACUCCCGUGAUCCCUAUCGAAACGAACGGGAUCGUGAUUGUGAGCGUGGAGGCCGUGCACAUUCCCGGGAGUAUCUGCACAGCGUCGAGACAUCGACAACGCAAACGAAGAACCCCUCGACGACGGGCUCUAAUCGAGGCUUGGAUCGUUAUCCCUCGCCCGCAGCCACACCGACAAGACCCGGCGGCGAGGGCCCCUCUGGUGGAAAUGGAAAACCCUUGACCAGCAUGCCCAAGGGCUACAGGCACAGCUAUGCGGAGCCGGUAUUUGCCAGAUCCGGCGGACGAGUGGGUCUGGCGGCAGUGAAUCCUUACUGAAAUGGGGGUAAAGAUUCUAGAAUUUUGUAAGGCAAAAAAAAAACCGUGCAACGAAAUCCAAGCUAAUCUCGUAAUAAGAGCAACAAAAACACACAAAAGUCUAUAGAAAAAAGAUUUUUGGGAGUCGCAGAAAUCUUUAAACAACCAAUGGAAGAGUUUUUAAAAAAUAACAAAUAUAAUUUGUAUCACUUAUAAAUCUGUUUAAAAAAAGAACACCCUAAUUAUCUUCUAUAUUUGAGCAAUACUUGUUGUCGCACUUUGAUUAUUUAAAAUGAUUUUAAAAUGUCGCUUAAAAUCUUAAUUUUAAUUUCUUUAAAACUCCCGUCCGUAAGGUUUCUGCGAAAGCCUGGUUUAGAUUGAAAUAUUAUAUAUAUAUAUAUAUGUACAACCGUCUAAACAUAUACACUAAGUUAAUCCACAAUGGCAACUGGUGACUCCAUAUUGUAAGCCCUUUGCUAUCUAUCAUGUAUAAUCCAUAUACUAAUUUGGUACAGCGAAGCUUGCCCUUCUAAAACGAGAUAUAUAUAUAUAU